GCCAAAAUAUUGGAUGGCCCGGAUGGAUGCCAUCUACCGGUCUGGCCCCAACGUAUGUGCCGAGCGCAGCCCUACCUCCACCUCCGGGCGUUGGAGCCGGACAUAUACCGUACGCCCAAACGUAUGUGCCGCGCGCAGCUCCACCGGGAGCCGGUCUGCCAUACCAACACCAGCUCGAUCGGCAACAUAUAAUCUACACUGCCCUGACUGUCAGUGAACAGUAUGUUAACGACAUGUUAAAUUUCUGGAGUUCCGUUGUAAAGGAGCAGCAGGCGCAGGCGCAGGCACAGCAGCAGCAACCACAGCCAACGCAACAGGCGGCACAGCCAUUAGCUGAACAACAGCAGCCCCAAAUCUCGGCCAAGAUUGCAAGUCCUUUGCACCAGCUGAGCUUCUCCCAAUGUAAAGAGCUGGGCAGGCAGCUGUUGGAGCUGUGUCCUCACGAGGGGGACUUUUGGUGCCGGAAGGUGGGAAGUAAUUGUAUAUACAAUCGGAUUCGUACCCUUAGCAGAACCGCGGAAAAAAGAGAACGGGAUAACUUGAGGAAGCGAAUCAAGCGUGAGGAAGCAAAACGUUCCUCUGCCACAUCUGCCACGACCAGCCACUGGGAUCCUGGGACAUUGCAGGACACGCCGCUUUCGUAAUUCCAUUCCAGCUGACGUUCCAGGAAACGUUACGUUCCCGUUCACGUUUAGCAUUUGAAAUUUGAAAUUUUCGCACUUCAAGGGGGCCCUUCAGCCUUUUGUAAUCGUAAGCAAACCUUGAUAUUGGAUCAAAUCUAACUACGGCCAAUAAAAGUCGCCUAAUCAGAUAUUAAAUAAAGAGU